CUCCUGACACGCAGUCUGUGCCGAGACGUCGCCGAAGAAGGUGGAUGUGUAUUAACACCGAAUCUGAACUCUCUCACUAAACCCGAGUGUAAACACCCGUUACUCCUCGAAUUUAUUUGGCCUCUUCGCCCUUUUUCCCUUAUACUUUCCUACCGUUUCCUCUGCCGUUUCUACUGCUUUCAUUCAGUGCUCGACAGCCAAAACUGUUUUCUUGAAUUCCGUUUUUCGAGAGUAGUGUCCCCGACAGAGAUUUGCGAUAGUGCGAGUUCUUUCAAAAAGUUUUCCCCAGUCCCGAAAAGGAGGUGAGUGACUUCAACGCCGUCGCCAUGGAGGGAGUACAGUGAUAAUUUCUCUUCUUCUGAAAGUGGCCGGUUCGUCUUGAAUCGGGAUACCCGAAGGGUUUUCAUCAAGGGGCAAUCGCAGCAUUCUACACUCUUAGUUUCGUCUAAGUUUUGUGCCAAGUAUAUCAACGGCAAGCAGGGGAAAUCCAGUGACUUGUUUAUUUCAAUACACGAAGGUCCGACGACCACUUCGACACAGCCAGCGGCAACGACUCGACGCAGCUCCCCGAGAACUGCGGGUGCUGCUUCUCGAACUCUUGUCAGCGCGAGCAUCCGUCCUGUCAUCGAGCGAUGGCGAAUUUCCUGAAGAAAUUUGACCACUUUCUGAGUCGAAGUUUUUACCGCUUGGGGGUUUUCAUCUCCUACCACUAUGGCUACUUUAUUAUGAUCCCCGUCUUCAUCACUGCAAUCUUGGCUACUGGCUUUCAGAACAUAAUUUAUCAGGAUGACCCGGAAUACCUUUUCGCCCCCACCACGGGAGGUGCGAAGGACGAGAGAGCCCUUAUUGAAAACUACUUUUACCUCAACUUCAGUUCUGAUUUCCAUCCUUCAAGAAUCACUCGAACAGGAAGGUUCGCCAGGUUCAUCAUCGUGGCCCAAGACGGCGGGACCCUCUUGAGGCAAAACGUCUGGGACGAAAUCAUGGAGGUGGAUCGCCUCGUACACACUGUGGAAGCCGACCUCGAGGAGUUAGGGGGUGGCCGGUAUGAGGAUCUUUGCGCCAUCUGGGACGGUCGGUGUUAUGAAAACACCAUCCUGGGUCUCAACGAUUCCAUGUCGGAUAUAGAAAUUGGCAAUUUUAGCCUCACGUAUCCCCUAAUGAUAAGUCCGAAGACGUUCGAUACCUAUGUCUUUCCUCUCUUUUUCGGAGGCGUCGAGCUGAGCAACAGUAGUACAAUUACCAGUGCAAAAGCCCUUUCCAUCACCUAUUGGCUCAAGAGCAACCACAAAAAGGAAGACCAAGAUGCUGCUGAGUGGGAGAACGCUCUCCUUGACGCUUUGGAGAAGCGUAACUUCGAAACCAUCGAAGUGGCUCGCUUCGUCUCCCGGACUCUCGAGACUGAACUCGAAAAAAACACUAACUCGGUCAUACCCUACUUCGGCAUCACCGUCGCAAUCAUGGUGCUCUUCAGCGUUGGAACGGUCAUGAUGGGCGACUGGGUGAGGACCAAACCAUGGCUUGGGCUCAUGGGCGUCGUGUCUGCUUCUUUGGCCUGCCUCGCUUCCUUUGGCUUCCUCAUCUAUCUCGGCCUGGAGUUCAUUGGAAUCAACAUGGCUGCGCCUUUCCUCAUGUUAGGUAUUGGCAUCGAUGACACCUUCGUCAUGUUGGCUGCGUGGCGACGCACAAACCUGCAAGAUUCUGUGCACGAGAGAAUGGGUCACUGUUUUGCGGAAGCAGCAGUCAGCAUCACCAUCACUUCGCUUACAGAUAUGAUUUCCUUUUAUAUUGGUGCCAUUACGCCCUUCCCCUGCGUGCAGAUUUUCUGUCUCUACACAGGUAUGGCAGUAUUAGUUACUUACGUAUGGCACGUCACAUUCUUUGGAGGGUGUAUGGCACUUGCUGGUCAUAUGGAGAAAGACCAGAGGCACGGAGUGAUCUGCACGAUCAAAGUCAAACCUGUCUCGGAAUCAAAGGACGAAGGUUGUUGUUACAAUACUUUCUGCACUGGAGGAAUUAGUGCUGCCGACCCCUGGAACCCUGAGGAUAAUAAGGAUCACGCAUUAAUGGUCUUCUUUAGGGACUACAUAGCUCGAUUGCUGAAUAUACCUGCAAUUAAAGCUUUGGUAGUGAUGAUCUUCCUGUUAUAUUUAUUGGGAGCUUGCUGGGGCUGCACAAUGGUCAAGGAAGGUCUUGAGCGACGUAGGCUGUCGAGAUAUGACUCUUAUUCAGUGCGUUUUUACGACCUUGAAGAUCAUUAUUUCCGUGAUUAUCCAUAUAGAAUACAGGUGGUUAUAACUGGAGAUUUGAAUUACAGCGACCCAACAACUCAAGAACAGUUGAUCGAACUUCACCAGCAGUUUGAGAAUCUUACUUAUGUUGCUGGAGCCUUUUAUACUGAAUCCUGGCUACGAGCAUGGCUUGGCUUCUUGGACAGAAAUCAAGAGUACAUGGAACUCAAUGUAACGACAGAAGAAGACUUCAUCUUUAACCUGAGAGAUGUUUAUUUGUCGGGCCCAGCUAAUCCAUACACGCAAGAUGUGGCUUUCAAUGAAGAUUAUACUCGCAUUGUUGCAUCUCGAUUCAUCAUUCAGACUUACAAGAUAAUGGAUGCCAAUGACGAUAAGGACAUGAUGGAAACACUGCGUAAGGUGGCGCAAGAUUCUCCAUUUAAUGUCACAGUUUUCAAUCCAUUCUUCAUAUUCUUUGAUCAAUUUGUGCUGGUACGAACCACAAGUAUCCAAGCUAUAUCCUUAGCAGCUGGUGUGAUGAUGGUUAUAUCACUCAUAUUUAUUCCUAAUCCCCUCUGUUCGUUAUGGGUGGCCUUCUCAAUAGUCUCCAUCGAAGUGGGCGUCGUUGGAUACAUGACACUGUGGAACGUGAAUCUAGAUUCUAUUUCAAUGAUAAAUCUGAUCAUGUGCAUUGGAUUUAGUGUGGACUUCUCUGCCCAUAUAUCAUAUGCAUAUUUGGCGGCUAAAGUGGACACCCCAGACGAGCGCGUUCAAGAAUGUCUCUAUGCCCUUGGUGUCCCUAUUUUGCAGGGUGGUCUUUCUACGAUUCUGGGUAUUACAGCGCUAAUUUUUGCACCCUCUUACAUAUUUAUUACAUUCUUCAAGACAGUGUUCUUAGUUAUAUUCUUCGGUGCAGUACACGGAAUUUUUCUUUUACCAGUACUUUUGUCAGUAUUGGGCCCUGGUUCCUGCUCCAACAAGAAGAAAGACAACAUAUUGCCACCAACUGCUACAAGAGCUGUAGGACCACCAUUUUAUACUCAAGGUAAACCGCCCAUUACCACUCAACCAGAAUCUAGUAGCUUGAAGAUUCCAAGACCACACAGCAUAACUCACAAUGGAUCGGCAGUUUCUCCCAUGACACUCGUCUCUUUAGGCAAAUCUGGGGCUUUCAUGGCCCCUGCUGCAUCUCCAACAAACGGUUCAAAUAAAGAGGAUGGUGCCAAUUAUGACAAAGACUUGGGCCUGGGCACGUCUGGAGAGGAAUCGAGUGAAUCCAGCCUCAGCAAAGGAGCUGCCAAUCGCCGUGGGGGUCCGGACAUUGUCAAUGGUUGUGGAGGACGCCCACCAAUUUUGGAAGUUUACAGCAAUAACGGUUACAUAAGUGACGACUUGGAAGCUGAGGAACGUAGAGCUCAAGAAAGGCGCCUUGAUCGCUAUGGCAAGUGGGAGGAUAUUAGGCGUAGUUAUCAUUCUCCAAGUAAAUCUCUAGGUUCCAAUGCAUCAUGUAGACCAAACACUUCUCUGAACAGAAGUAGUUCAUCACAUGUGUCUCGUGGCCAUAGUCAUCACUCCAACAACAGAUCACGAAGCGAAAGUAGGGAAGGGUCUGCCAUGUCAAGAUAUGGACAGCGGUCUUCGUCGGGUCCAAGGGGCCAUUAUCAUGAUAGACACUGACGAUAGUCACAUCAGUGUGACCAUGUGCCAUGGCCAAGUGUACAGUGUACAUAGUUGAUAGUGUGAAUGUUCAAUUCAGCCAUAUGUUACAGGGUGUUUUUCCCUUUUUACCUCAUUUCUUCCAGGGUUGCCUUAAACCUCACAGAUACUGAGUGCCAUUCUAUAAUUAUCUUGUUGCCAGAAACGUUCUUUAGUGUUUUGUCCAGAAUUUACAAAAAAAAAUUGUGAAAGGAAAAACUAACAAAAUGGUAAAGACUGUCAAAAUGCAUUAUGGUGCUGGUAUUUGCAAAAUUAACAGUAUUUUAAAUAUUGAUCUAUAUCCAUUUUAGAAUUUAAAAUUUAAAUGAGUACCAAAUUCUGGCAAGUAAUUUUAUUUUUUACUCUUUAUAACAAGUUUGUGGGGAUGUGUGUUAUACAGGAUCCCAUUUUCCCUUUUAAUGUGGCUAUUAAAUUUGUUUGUGAUUGUCAGUCUGACUAGAAGUAAGGAACCUCAGUGUUGUUUCAAGAAAAUGUACAUAUUUAGAAUAUAGAAAUAUUUUAAUAUACAGUAAAGACUUGACAGUGCUUCCUAAACCAGUCAGAACUCUUUAAAUGUUUGAAAACUGGAGAGGUACAUAGUUUUACUACUGUAUCUUAAUUAAGGUACGUGUAAGAUGUAGAAAGUUUACAGUUAAUGAAAUUACACUUGCAGGUAAUGCUUUACAGUUCAUUUCAGUGAAUGUAGAAUUUUCAGAAUUAAUUAUACUGGAUUUCCUUGGAACAUUGUGCAUAAAUUAAUUUUUGCAAGUGAAACUGUACUGUAUUAUUGCAUGAUAAAAAUUAAGAUUGACUGGGCUUUCUGCCUUUGAAAGCAUGAUUUUCUUAAUCUAUAGAAAUUUUUAAGUUAUGAAAUGUAUACUAUGCCUAAAUUGAACAUGUUAAUAUUGUUAACAAGCGUUCAUUUUUGGUUGUCUUUAAACUUUUUAUUGUACUUUUGAGGAAACCUAAAUUAUUGUCUUAUCAUCCUUAUUCAGUAUUAAGUUCUUUUUAAGUUUUACAAAUUUGUAAUUAAAAUUAAUAUACUAAG